GAAAAUUUGAAGCGGAAUAAAUUUCAAAAUUCUCUUGCAUUUGUUCUUCAUGGGAAGUAUACUAACUUUUUUUAUAGAAUGUACUUAUUAGAAUGAAAAUCGGUCAUUUACAUACUGCUUUACCUUUGGCCCCUGUUAGGUGUUAAAGCAUGAUUGAAAAACGUCACGAAGCAACUACAAAUUUUCGAUGAUUCUACGCACUAAUCCAUGUGACUGACAUUAAAUAUUGAUUCUAAAGACUUCAAGAUUAAUAAUUUUCUUCAAGAAGGAAGUGGAACUAAUACUUUAUAUUGUCAACUUAUUAUCAACUAUAUCAGCGAUAUGAUCGUUUACACGAUCAAGGGCCGGCUCAAGCUGAAUCCAAAGCGUGAAUUAUUUCAUCAGAUUAUAUUGCCACAUACUCUGUCUUUCGAGAUUCCCAGAAGUUUCACAAUUCUAAGGAAUCAUAUGUCGGAAACUUUUUGGGUUUUUCUAAACUUAUUUCAAAUCUGAUACCUUCAGAUUACGCUCACAUCUUUGAAAUCGGUCCGCAAAUGUUCGCGUCGGCCCUGAUACGGCUUCUCAUAAGUUUACAUCGGUACAUAGUAACUGGUUAUAAUCUCUCAAAAACAUAAAAUCCAAUGUCAGUGGUUCAAAAUUUUACGUAAAGGUUGAUAAUUCUUAUCAUGUAAUUGACCAAUUAGAGAUAGACAGAAUUUAAAGAGGUUUUUAGAAUGAUGCGGAGAAAGCCCGGUGCGAGUGCAUUCUUUACGUCUGUCUGUCUCCUUUGCACGUGUCUUCAUUCUCGUACCACGGCUGCACGCUUUUUAACAAGAAACGUUCAGCAAGCUGAAAUUCAUUAACGACAGUUAAGAAGGGUCAGAGCCGCAAAGCGGUUCAACUGAUCCGUCCUGGUGGAACGCGUCUAUCAGUUGAAUCAGUGAAUAAUAUAGUGACACUGGAUACCGAUUUGCUAUGUAAUGAGUUGGUGACUCAAGUCACAAGACAGCAAGUACUAAAUCCAUGUGGUGUAAACACGUUGACACGUUCCGCCCGAACGUAAUAAAUCUACUAUCUGCAAAACGGACCGUAGAUGCAAACACGCAAAUCUACCCUUUGGAAUGUAUACUUUUAAAUAAUAUUCUUAGAAUAAGAAUUACUGAGUACUUUAAACAAUUACCCUGGGCGGAAAGUGUUAGCUAAAUGUUUAUGUAGAAAAAUUGCUGAUAAAGAGUGUCACCAAUUAUACAGCUAAAUAACUAUGAUUUAUUAUAUUGAAAUUCUAAUAUUAAGUAGCAUGAUGUUUGAUAAGAAUCAACAGAUGAUAUUAUAAUUAUCACACAAUAUAUAUAUACAUAUUAAUUAUCAAUUAAUACCUAGGAAAGUUUAUAUAUAUUGUUCCAGUUUUAAGUAUCAUUGUUGUGAUCUAGGACAACUUCAUUAUUAACAGUUAUACCUGUUUUUCAAUGUUAUCAAUAACUCCAAGGUUUGAAUGUGAUAAAAGUUGCAACAAGUUGCACUGCUAAAGUGUGUUCUUAAUGGAUUAUGUUAGCAAAUAUGAUUAAACGUAUACUAUAAAGAUAUCGAGCUUAAUAGAGAAGAAUAGAUAAACACAAUAGUAUGGAAAAAACACUGCAAUGGGAAGAUUACUUAGUUAUAGCAGCUACCUUAGUCAUAAGCAUAGGUAUUGGGAUCUAUUACAGAUUCAGUGGUGGACGUCAAAAGACUAUGGAGGAAUAUUUUAUUGCAAGCAGAUCAAUGAGCAUUGUUCCUGUAGGUGUUGCGCUUGUAGUUUCCUUUAUGUCUGCCAUAACAUUAUUAGGUGUUUCUGCAGAAAAUUACACAUAUGGAACACAAUUUGUAGUAAUUAAUAUAUCAUAUCUCAUAGGAACUCCUCUUGUUUGUUAUGGAUUUUUACCAGUAUUUUUUAAACUUCAAGCAACAAGCGCUUAUGAGUAUUUAGAGAAACGUUUUGGCUUAAAAGCUAGAACAAUGGCCAGUUUUGUAUAUUGGCUUCAACUGCUUUUAUACUCAGGUGUUGUACUUUAUGCACCUGCUUUAGCAUUAGAAGCAACGACAGGAAUUUCUAAAAAAGGCAGUGUUAUAAUUAUUGGUCUUGUUUGUGCCUUUUAUUCGAGCAUAGGAGGCAUUAAAGCGGUCCUAAUAACAGAUGUGUUUCAAGGGUUGCUUAUGUUUGUUAGUGUUUUUAUUAUUAUUGUAACAGCAGCUGCUGAAGUUGGAGGUGUAGGCAAAAUUUGGGAGAUAGCACAAGAAGGACAUAGAAUUGAAUUUGAUAGUAUUUCUGUAGAUCCCACAGUUCGACAUACUUGGUGGUCACUGAUCAUUGGAGGUCUGUUUACAUUUCUGUCACUAUAUGGUGUAAAUCAAGUACAAGUGCAACGUUUGCUGACUGUGAAAGAUAUAAAAGCAGCCCAGAAAGCGCUUUGGUUAGCAUGGCCAGUUUUAUCAGUACUCUCAGUUACUACGUGUUUCUCAGGAUUAGCAAUAUAUAGUAAAUAUUAUAACUGUGACCCAAUGCUUCAGAAGAAGAUCACAUCUACUGAUAUGUUGAUGCCAUAUUACGUUAUGGACAAUAUGUCUGAUAAACCAGGUUUACCUGGCCUUUUCAUAGCAGGUAUCUUUAGUGCUGGUCUCAGCACUAUCUCAGCGGCGUUAAAUUCUUUGGCAGCAGUAACAUUAGAAGAUUAUUUGAAACCAAUAUACAAAAAAUGUUGUGCUAAGGAAUUCUCAGUUACAACAUCGACAACUUUAGCCAAGCUACUUGCUUUUAUUUAUGGACUUCUUUGUAUUGUUUUAGCGUUUUUGGCACAGUAUUUAGGCGGUGUUUUGCAGGCUGGCCUGACAAUAUUUGGUGUAGUGGGUGGUCCACUUUUAGGACUUUUCACUCUUGGUAUGCUAACUGAAACAGCGAAUGAAAUCGGAUCUGUUACAGGCGCUACUAUAUCCUUAGUAUUAUUAUUCUGGAUCGCUUUUGGUCAACCAAGACCAAUUCCUCCAACUCUUCCGACGUCAGAUAUCGGCUGUACAAAUACAACUGUUUUCCAUUUAGAUACUCAGUUUUCUCAACCAUCAGGCGAUUCGUCUUAUCUUUACUUAUAUCGGAUCUCAUAUAUGUGGUACAGUCCCCUUGGAUUUGUGAUAACGUUUGUCAUAGGACUGUUCCUCAGUUUUUGUUUGAAUCAUAUGCUCAAGAAGCCAAAAGUUGAGCUGGAUCUCAACUUAUACUUUCCCGUGGUGGCAAACCGUAUACGCCGUAAACGACGAGAACCUUUAGAAACAAGCGAAGAGGAAGUAUUAAAAGAUAAAACCGCACAGAGGAAGUACAUUUUUACUAUUAACUCUACCCACGAUACAGAGAAUGUGGAGGAUAUUAACAUUACCAAAGUUUAAUGUAACUUUCUGUUAGCCGCUUCCUUUCUUCGUGCGUCAUUCUAUGUUUUAGACAUUCCAUGUUCAUGGCUAAAACAAUGUUUAAGUUAUUGUAAUUUUAAGCAAUACCGGAUGUUGUCUAUAAAGUAACGUGUCUGAACUAUUUUUUUUAUCGGACAUAUGUACUGUAAGCACCGAUGAAGCAUCGAAAACUAUUCUAGUUCGUAAUAUUGGUGCUCUUAAUUCAAUGGUACUUAUAUGCUACUUAACAAAUAUUUAGCAAAAUGUCUUCCAUUGGUUGCCUCAAAAACUGCCAUUUUGUAUUUUAUCUGUAUAAAUUUAGAUGGAAUAUGGGAUACGUUUUAUUAUGGGCAUGUUUAUUUUUUAUUGUAUAAUGCAUGGGAAUUUAGGUGAAAAUUCUUAAAUUUUAGAUUUGUUUUACACGUCAGUGGUGAUAAUUAUAUUUUUUAAAAGUUAGCCAGUGAAACUGUGCUUUUGAUAGGAAUUUCAUAAAAAUGAUAUUUAUAUUUUUUUUUGUUAGCUAAGGAUUAGAAAUACUAUUUACACUAUAUAUUUUAGCAAUGAAACGACGUACUAAAGUUUGCAAUGGGAAGAAACGUAAAUGAAGUUUCUUUGUACACGCUAACCUGUUUAAGUGCACUGCAAGCUAUUAUUGCAUGGUGAUAACAAAAGUACAAUACUGUAGUAAAAAAUAGAAAAUUUUAAUAGAUCCUCUAAAUAAAAAUCACGUAUUUUUGUCAUAUGAUAUUGUACAAAAAGAGAGGUAUUACAAACAAAGAUAAUAAUUUAUAAUUUCAAAACAGGAUUUUUGAAAUAUAUAUUUAUAACAUAUCUAUUAGUUAUUAUAUGUGAUAAACGAAAUACUUAAUUGUCGUUCACUUUGUGAAGUGUAAUAAUAUCGUUUACGACAUCUACUUUAACUAAACUGUAUAAUACAACAAGAGUUAAUAAAGCACUGUGUGGAACUGUA